AUGAUUUCCAUGCAGCGAUCCCUGUCGUCGCCCGUUUGCAUACAUUCUUCCCCACCCGCGUCCCCUUCCGCCACCAGUCCGCCAUCGCGGUCCCCGACUCCUUCACCCGAAACGAGAGCCGAAGUAUCGCGCCCGCGGCGAUUUCGAUCGCGAAGCCCCGGUCGACCCGGUAGUGGGCACCGCCGGCGAGAAUCGUCAGGGUCUGUUCGUAAAGUUGGUACCGACGAGACGCUUCGCGAUGCGACUUCGAAGCAGCAGUCUAGCGCCAAUCCCGGUGCCGGCGCGAGUGCGCCCAAGAAACCGGUGAUAGACCAAGUCGUAGGCCCACCAAAGUCGCCUCCGUCCCCGUCUCCGGCUUCUAGCCCGCCCGCCCCGUCUAGCCCGUUGCAGCCCAUCUUGAAAGACCAAGAAGACUCGGGACCCUUCCCGCGGACGCUCCUAGCUGACGUAUCCCUGUAUACGAACCCCCAUCUGACCGUCGAAAAUGAAGGCACCACGCUUGGAGAGCUCGCCCAUUUGGUCCGUCUCUCCAAAUACCAGGAGCGCAAGUGCGCCAACACUCGCAUUCGUCUUCAAAGAAGCCUGAUUUCCACUGCCCUCUCGGCGCGCCUGACCCGGUGCGGAGAGACCUCGCUGCGCAACCUAGCGGAUAGCUUCCGGAACGAUGAUAAGAGGGCGUUUGCUAACUUGUAUGGUGCUAUCCAUGAUGUUCGGAAUAGCUGCGACGCCACCCGUCGCUAUGCUCUUUUGGAACCUGAUAUGGAGUCGUUGCAAUCGUCCGGAGUAGCGUCUGUCGAGACGCUCGUGCCACCACCUAGCACGGCGGGGAGCAUUGGUCCUGGUAGCUCCGUCGCCCCCUUUUUUAAUGAUAUCUCGGCUUCUGCUAGAGAAGCCUUCCUAAACUUUCUUACUCAGAUCCGGACAAACCCGGACUACUUAGCUACUCGGCUGUGUGCCCUGAAUACCACGGAGCUCCAAGCUCUAACUACUUUUCAUCAGGGAUUGGAGCCGAUAGAGUCCGUCUUGCCGUACCACGGCCGUUCAACCGGCGGCCGUGGGCAUUCUAGCGGCCCUAGUAGACAGACGGGACAAACUCCCAAUGCCGUCGAGCGGCUUCUUUCAUUCCAGCGCCACGAUCCCCUAUCUGGUUUGAUUUAUACUUGCUUCGCUAACUCGGCCGGCCCAGACAGCGCCGAGGACAAACGGAGGACGGGAAUUUGGGCUACCGCCUUUGCUCGCCUGAUCUCCACCAGAUCUACCAGCGAGCCGGUCCUGAUCUCGAUCCUCAAUGCCUGGUCUGCCAUGCGUGAUUGGUCUGGACGAGCCAAUAUGGAAUGGUACCUGAUGAAGAUACUCGAGGAUGGUGCAUUCCUGCUCGACCGAGCGGAGGACCAGAACGGGACGAGGUUCAACCUCUCGGAUUGGACUACUAAGGAUAGCAUUGCUGCCGAGGAGUUCUACGAUCGUGCUGUUAACGAUCUUUUUGCUAUUAUUGAUGAUGAAGAUGCAACCGGCAUUCCGGAAGGUGUUAUUGAACUUGGAAAUGAGAUCCUUCGCCGGUUGGAGAUGAAGGAUAGUACGCGUGGCCUCGUUGAUACCACACGUAGAUGGUUUGUAUACAAGUGGCUCUUUUCUAGUUGGCUACUUGCCGUUGUCAUCCACCCAGAGAGUUACGGAAUGAUGACUGAGUAUCAUAUUACUGAAUACGGCCGCCAGAAGAUCCUCAAGCAGGUUGCUACGCUUGCCCAGCAUUACGUCGUGGAGAUGCUCGCCAACAGUAGCGCCCAGAAGCCCGUAUCGACACCUCUGAAGAUCAAGGGCCACGUUGAAAAUAUUCUGGCUCGUUUCAAACCGUCGGGGAGAAGGACUGGUAGAUUGCUCCCCGCUAGGUCUAUUACUUCCUUGCGGGAGACCGCUGAGGUCCAUCCUUAUUUGGUAAUUAGUCCCGCUGACCUUGUCACGCUUUCUAAUGCGCUAUUCCCGGAGCGUAGACCGCAAUCUGCUCAUUCGAGUAGUAUCCGGUCUGGUGCGCCGUCGAUAUCAGGCUUUUCUGCCAUAUCGCAGCCGAUAUCCAUCGGCACGUCUAGGAGUAACUUUGAGACAGCCUCCGUCCUCAGUAUGAGUGCUUCGUCCGUUUUUAGUGAUGGAACCACUUCGGGCGAUCCUCUACUCGAAGAACAGGUAGCCGGUACUCCCCAGAGACGCUCGCCGCCUAUGUCCGAUGGGACGAGGCAGAAACAUGCUAAUAAUUACGAAGAAGAUGGAUAUCGUCUUCGACUAGCAAUGCAUGAGAUGGCCCAAAUUCUAGGCCCGGAGGCGAUUUCGGGAUCGUGUCACCCGUGCGCCGAGCGCUGGGCUGUCGUAUUCAUCUCCGCUGAUGGGAAUAGUCUUUCUUCACAGAUGACGUACGAUCCUGAUGAUGAGGCAGAGGAGGAAAAUUCCUCUACCACCAGUGAUACGGAGGAUGAGGAGCCGGACGAGAAGCCCGAGCUUGAUAAGGACUACCACCAGCUACGAGACUCUGUCUUGAAACUUGUCGAGGAUUUCGAAAUCCCCCAAGGUCUUGAAGACCACGGCACCAAGACCACAUUUAGUAAUCGAGCGUCGGGGCUUAAGAAGUAUCGGUCUAAGAAUAAAAUUAUAACGCCAGGGACGACAAUGGGCAGCCGUAACCCUUUUCGUAGCAAGUACGAAGAAGAACAGAAAGCGAAGCAGGCUGCCGAAGAAUCUUCCCAUGUUUCUGAAGAUAAAGAGCCUGCGGAUGAGGCUGGUUCUUCGUCUGUGUUGAUCACCAUGCUCUCUGCCGCCUCGUCACAAUCGCGUAUCCAGUCCGACUUCGUGUCUGCGCAUCUAUACUGGAAGACACUCCAACAGCUGAAUGCUCUAUCGUCCCCCUCCCUACGUAAGAAUGGAUUUGCUACUCUUCUCAACAUAUUUUCUCGAGGUCCUCGCGACUCGAUCCGCCGUUCUGCCUCGGCCAUCGAAGAGUAUGAUGCGUGGUUAGUAUGGCUAAAGCAGAGCCAAGAGCGCCACGAAGGUCUGAUUGAGACUAUGAUGAAACGCCUGAAGGCGCUUCGAGACAAGAUGUGGUAUGUGACGGACGUUCAUAACUCGGCUCCUUACGAGCAAACCCGCAACAUCUGCAGCGCGCUAAAGAUAAUGGGCGUGCCGCGGAAAUGGGGCUCCUUUCAACGCAACCGAGCUCAGCUGGCCCGAGGUCCCGCUGCUGCUUAUAUAUAUCGAAACGAGUCGCAGAUGCUAGAUAUAUUAGCAGCUGGUGAAGAGCAGGGAGGUCCGAAUAAGCUCAGCGACGCUCAAGCCGAUAUAACCAACAAGUGGUUAGAACAGCUCGGCAUUCAGAAUAUGUGCCAGGGUGAAGAGCGUAUACACCGAUUCUGCUGUGAAGUCGAUAGCUGCGUAUCAAAGCUAGUCGGCGAGAAUAUCGUGGAUGGUCCUGUGCUCUGGUCUAGCGAACUGUACUCUCGUGAUCGCAAAGCGUUCGAAGGUCCUCGUAUAGGCCGGGAUAAAGAAAGCAUGUGGGGUGACGAUGCCGCCAGUGUCAUUAGCAGCGACCACGAAAGGCGAUAUGCAUCUCCCACACGCCGUCCCGCCUCUAUGGCUAGGGACCUCAGAGGUAUGUCCGCAUACAAUACAAGCCAGGUCUCCAUCGAUUCCCAUCAUCGAUAUAGUUUCUCUAGGGCCAGCACUGCGAUGUCUGAUACUUUCGAUUCACAUGAUUAUUUUGGGGCGUCAUCUCCUAUCCAUGCCAUAGAUUCGACAUCCACAUACUGGUCUCCUUUCCAAUCUACCAUGUCGACUGUCAGCUCGGCAACUUCACGUGCGCAGUCGCCAACGACUAGCGUCACAAAUCUUUCCAGCACGUUUUCUCAACCGAAUCACCAACCGCUGCCGUCUCAUCAUUCGGCUUCGCGGUCCGGUGCAUCGGUAUCAUCGAACGAAACUGUUCAUUUCCGCCGCCUUUCAGAAGGCAAACAACGUUUUCUUACAGAUCUUCGUCAGACCCUAACCAGUCUGCUGCUUUCCGAGCUUGGUAACCUCGUGUUCGCGUCUGGUUCUGAGACUGAUGGUUGGUUUGGCAAUUUGGGACAAGAAUGUAUCGACCGCCGAGAUGCCGAGGAGCGAAGAGCGCGGAGGCCUUCGGUAAAGAGGGACCGCGCUAGCAAGAGUUCCGCUAAGCAGAGAGUGAUAGAGAAGAGGAAGAGUUUCGGUAACCUUCGGCAGGCAGGAGAGGCAUCGAGGGCUGACCUAGGCUCUGAUAGACCCGACAGUGCUUCGGGGCGGAGCAACGAUAGCUCUGCCACGAGCGAUACGGUUUCAGCUCGCGCAAGGUCUUCGAAGAAGAAGGAAACUCCGGAAUUCCCUUAUACGAAAGCGUACCAGAGGCUUCUAGGAAUGUUCGCCGUCCACCCAAAUCCAUACACCAAGCUUAAUGCUCUACUCGAAUUGGAGCGUCUUAUAUCUGCUUCACUGUCGAACGGUUCGCGUAGGUCUCGGUGGACUACGAGACACCAGUCCGCAUCCGUCGACGAUGAUGGCAGCGUUCCGGGGAAGUCGGACGCGAACGAAACUGGUGGCGAUAAUAACAGAGAACGGCGUUCCCAACCGUUCCAGUCGCACAUGUUCCCUAUCCAACCUCGUUCUACCAAGAAUUCUGAUGCUCGCUCUAUCGUCUCUGUGAAAGAAGCAACUAACACCGACGCUAUCGCACGAGUACUUCGGUCUCUAUUCAAAGACGCGGGUAUACGGCCCAAGACGCUGUUCCGCGAUCUACAAUUCAUUAAUUCUUUUGUAUCCCCAUCCACGUUAGACACGGAUCGAAACAAGGCCUUCUGGGAUAUCGUAGUAGUGGCGCUCUCGCUCAAGCAAGACACCAUUACGACGAUGGUCGAGGUUGCGGACGAGAUCCUGAAUUACUACACGCCGUCGAGGAAGCGUCCCGGCGGUAGCGACGAUGCGCCGGAGAUGAUGCGCCAGCCGCCGAUCCACUCUCUUCGCGACGCGGCGAAGAUGUGGACAAUCGCGGCCAAGGAGGGCAAUGCCACAGCGCAGCGGGAGCUGGGCCUUUUUAACCUUAGUAACCCCGAGCUUGUCGAGAGGAGUACGUUACCUUUAUCGAAGCCGCGAGACGUAUUUAAGCAAGCCGUUAUGGAGAAGUUCGGUCCGCGACCCGGGAGUAGCGCCCGCCAUUCGGCUGAUCGGAGCCGAAGCAAUCUAGGCACGGCUGGCCCGUCCUCUUCAGGAAUGCAGGACACGACUAUGGACGGUGACGUUAGGAGCGACCCGACUCUGAUGUGCGUCGCCAUCCACUGGAUGAAGGAAGCCGAACGUGGCGGAGACGAGUUGGCCAGGACGUUCCUUGGCCAGAAUGAGAUGAUGGGGCUCUGA